CGCUUGCAAUUGCAAGCAAUGCCAUUGCGAACAAGAAGUCUAUUAAGUUUUGCCCGAUCGAUUGUCGCCGUUGUUAUACCAAAAAUAGCAACCCGAGCUUCUUUCUCUUCUGCUUUAUUAGAGCUGGAUGGAAGUUAUUACGCGGGUGUGUUCUCCUGCAACCGAACGAUCGAUAAAUUGAUCAAAUGUGGCCGUCUUCAUUCAGCCGUUGAGAUAUUUGAAGCAAUGUCCGUCCGUGACGUCGUCUCCUGGAACUUGGUAAUAGCUGGUCACGCUCGCUAUGGGUUUCCAGAGUUGGCCCUUGAUCUCUUCAAAGAAAUGGUUUCUCGAGGCCUUAGAGAAAGCUCGUCCACAUGCUCUUCAGUUUUGGGUAUUUGCAGUGGUGCUGGGUUCUACCGAGAAGGCCUUCAAGUUCAUUGCAGAGUGGUUUUGCUUGGGUUCAACGUAAACUUGUUUGUUGGGUCCGCACUGAUUGAUCUGUACCUGCAAGCUUCAUAUCUUAACCCUGCUAUGCGGUUGUUUGAUGAAUUGCCUGGUAGAAGUUUAGCAACGUGGAAUUUGGUUCUUCGUGGGUUCUCUCAACUGAGUCGAUCAUAUGAGGUGCUAGGAUUCUACUUGAAGAUGAAAUCAGAUGUUGGGGUUAGGCCAAAUGGUGUUACUUUCUGCUAUUUGAUAUAUGCCUGUGGUGUUGGGAGAUUGUUGGAUGAAGGGAAGCAGCUGCAUUGUCAGGUGAUUAAGGGCGGAUGGUUACAGUCGAAUUUAUUUGUUGCCAAUGCUUUAGUGGACUUCUAUUCGGCUUGUGGAAGCUUGACUGAUACAAGGAAGUCCUUCGAAAUUAUUCCAGUUGAAGAUGUUCUUUCAUGGAACUCAGUUGUUUCUGUCUAUGCUGAUAAUGGUCUUUUACAUGAAGCUCUUGAAUUCUUUGCUAGGAUGCAAUGUUGGGGAAAGAACCCUUCGAUUCGUUCAUUUGUUGCCUUCUUGAAUGCAGCCAUCGAGUCUAAGACUCUUCAAUUUGGGGAACAAGUUCACUGUUGUGUUCUAAAACUGGGUUUUGACUGUGUAAGCAUCCAUCUUCAAUCUGCACUAGUCAACAUGUAUGGAAAAUGUGGCCAAAUUGAAAGUUCAGUAGCAUUGUUUGAGGAUAGCCCGGAGAGAACUCUAGAAUGCUGCAAUUCAUUGAUGACUUCUUUGUUACACUGUGGUGCAAUAGAGGAUGUGGUUGAGAUGUUUGGACUGAUGAUGGAUGAAGGAGUAGGACUGGAUCAUGUUUCUUUCUCUACGACACUGAAGGCAUUGUCAUCAUCUGCCUUGGCAAGUUUGACAAGCUGCGCAUUGCUGCACUGUUGCAUAAUAAAAUCAGGAUUUGAGUUGGAUAUGGUGGUUUCAUGCUCCUUGAUUGAUGCCUAUUCAAAAUGUGGUCAUAUCCAACAUGCUUGCCAGGUUUUCAAACAAAUUCCAGCUCCAAACCUAAUCUGCUUCACAUCACUCAUUACUGGGUAUGCUCGACACGGAAUGGGUAGAGAGGGCCUCAAGAUGCUUGAGACCAUGAUCCAGGAGGGCCUGAAGCCAGAUGCUGUAACGUUCUUGUCUGUGUUAAUGGGUUGCAGUCACUCAGGUUUGGUGAGAGAAGGGCAAUUAAUAUUUGAAUCAAUGGAAACCAUCCAUGCCGUCUACCCAGACAGGAGGCACUAUUCAUGCAUGGUUGAUCUUCUGGGGCGAGCAGGCUUGUUAGAGGAAGCAGAAGUGUUGCUAAAAUGCUCACCAGUUAAGGGUGAUUCAGUAAUGUGGAGCUCCCUGUUGCGUAGUUGUAUAGUACACCGAAAUGAGAAGGUAGGAAGAAGAGCUGCAAUAGCUUUGCUGGAGCUCGACCCAGACAAUCCUGCAGUGUUGUUGCAGGCAUCGAACUUCUAUUCUGAAAUUGGUGAUACAGAGAUGUCCAUGAAAAUUAGAGAAUACAAGGAAACAAGUGAAAUGAGAAAGGGGACAGGUUACAGCUUUAUUGAGUCAAUCAAUCAUGGUUACUCUUGACAUCAUGUGCAACCACUUACCCCGGUAGGUUCACAUUAUUUUGCUGCAGGUAUACUUAUCAAUUCUGUACAGUCAAUCACAGCCCAGAAAUCAUACUGAUCAGGCUGAACCUAAUACCUUCUACUGAAAUAAGAAUGAAACAGAAGACUGUAAAUUAGGAAGCAAUGGUUAAACGAGAAUUAUUGAGUACAGAAUUAUUGUAAUGGUUCUCUCACAGUCACAGGUCACAAUAGGAAGCAAUUGACUAUCACAUUCAACUGGAUGAUAAAGGAACAAAGGGGUAUAUAUAUCCACUUGUAAGAUACAAAUACAUAGGCAUGAUUCAUAAAUGUAGUUAUCAGUUGUAAGAGAGCAAUAUUGAUUUGAAUCUGUUCAUAUAAGAGUGGGGUAUGAUGUAGCAAUAUUGAUUUGGUGCAUAAAGACUACUUGCUGUGUUGAUGCCAUCGCUUAGUUCUUUGAGUAAGAAGGGUUAUGAUGUAGCAGUAUCAGAUGAUGCAGAUGUGUUUAUGUGCUAUUACAUCUACUACCACCCGCUUUGAUUUGCUGAACAGAGAGGCUACAGGUCUCUCUUCAGUCUUCAUCCAUGUUUCUCUAUUUUCAAGAGUUGAUGAAGACACCCAGAUGGAAUUUGCUGCCUCCCCUCUUGGAGGCUCUUGCAAUGGUCUGCUGACACUAUGAACUGAUAAUGCUUUCUGUUUAUGACAGUGUAAAAAUCCUUUGAAUCCUAGGGAGAACUGAGAUGACAUGGGGGGGGGGUCAUGUUUUCUGAGCAGGGACUUGCUAAUGUAUAAUGUUCAGCUGUAUCUUUUGACAUGUGAUUGUAAUUGUUAUUAUAUUCUAGUUUGUGUUUUUUGUAAAAAUACUCACUUUUGAUGCCA